CUGGACUACGACACAGAAAUAUUUUGUUCAAAUGUUCGACAUUGACUUAGACAGCACAACGGUCAGCCUCCGUCCAAGAGAUCAUCUGAAUAUUACUUGCUUCGUCCAAGAGAAACUGGAAAAGAAAGAACUUCGGCUUUGGACGCCUAAAGAAGAUGGAGAACGGGAGAUAAUUGUGGAGAUUGUUAGGAAAGAAGCAGUGUCUGGAGAUACAACGCUCAUUGCAGAGUUUGAGCUGCCAAAUACUUACCACACUUUCCUGAAGCAGAACGAAAAAGCUUCAGUUACCAGCAGAGAUGCUAUGCAGAAGGGGACCCACAGUAAAAUCCGUCAACACACUGUGAACGUGUUAGUCCCCGAUGCUGGCUGCAAAGGGAAUGGGUUUUACAAGUGUCGCGUGGCCUCCAGAGUCCACCUGCGAGACAUGGCGCACAUGGAGUGGGUAAGCACCCGGCUUCAAAAACAGGUGAUUUUGGCCGAGUCGUGUGGUGGUAAGCCAGGUGGGGAUCCAGUAGUCAAUGAGAUCAAACUCUUUGAGAGCGAGACGGGGUCUGAAAUGGAGUACGGGGAGGAGUUUGACUUCACGUGGCUGUGCAGAACGUCCGAGGAUUUAGGGAUACGGCAGUGCUAUCAAUACUUCAAGAUACCUGCUACUUGGCACGAUGCGCAGGAAAUUUGCCAGGAUCAGGGAGGCCACCUGGCGACAAUCCAAAACUCAAUGGCAAACUCGAUGGUGCAACUGGUCUUCAAAUUGGGUCGGGCGAGAGAAACCCGGAUGCUGGAGGCAACGUGUGGAUUGGGUUGAAGGAGAACAGAACACAUGGAGUCUUCAUGUGGAGCAAUCUCCAACCUAUGAACUACUCAAAUUGGGCGGUCGGACAACCGGCAUUAAUGACAAACCAAACAAAGUGUGUGCUGGCCAAAACCGAUAAAGUUAGACAGUGGGAAACUGAG